AUGCAGGCGGAUCACCAGCAGAACCAACAUCAGCUUGACGCUGGACAAGAAGCUAGCCAUGAUAACGGAGAGAAACAGCAAGAGCAAGCCGGUCAAGCUUCACAACCAGUCACCGAACUCACGCCAGCUGUACCUAUUUCCGCCGAACCCGUGUCCCUCCUGACCGGCGAACCUCCGAGCGAAGCACCUGUCGUCGAGCAGCCUCCCAAGUACUCGAUUCACCCAGCAUGGGCCAAGCGCCUCAUCAUCUUCGGCGCCUCCAUCUCCGCCUUCUUCUCGCCCCUCACCGCUCAAAUCUACCUCCCAGCUCUGCCUACCGUAGCUGACGACUUCCAUGUUACCGCGUCCAAGGUGACCCUGACGGUGACAACCUACAUGAUCUUCCAAGGCAUCACGCCCAUGUUUCUUGGGGGACUGGCAGAUUCGGCGGGCCGUCGACCUGCCUACGUCAUCUGCUUUGUCAUUUACAUCGGGGCCAAUAUCGGUCUGGCCUUGUGCAAGAACUUUACGAGUCUCUUGAUUCUCCGAAUGCUGCAGAGUGCAGGGUCGAGCACCACCAUUGCUCUUUGCCAAGCCACGCUGGCAGAUAUCACCACCAGUGCGGAACGAGGACACUACGUCGGCAUCACGGCGCUUCCUCAAGUCUUGGCUCCGAGUCUCGGUCCAGUGGUAGGCGGUCUGUUGACCAACUACCUCGGCUGGCGCUGGAUCUUCUGGCUGCUCACCAUCAUGGCUGGCGUUAACCUUUUGGGCUUGCUCAUGUUCUUCCCCGAGACUUGCCGCAAGAUCGUAGGCGACGGCAGCGGUCGCAAGGAUUCGCACUGGAUAUACUGGACUGGCUGGCAGCUACUCCGCGACAACCUAGCCCACCCGUCCAACCACAACAAUGGCCUCCACCUCACCGUCUCAACUGCCUCUGCCCCCCGUCAGAAGAUCAAGCUCAGCCUCACCACACCUAAUAUCCUCCAGUCUCUCACACUUCUCUUCCGCUCCAAGCAGCUCGCCAUCCUUCUCUCCUACUCAGCUAUUGUCUUCUCCGGCUUUUACGCCAUCGGAACCGCCAUGCCUAACCAGCUCUCGACCCUCUACGGGCUUAACGACAUCGAAAUCGGCCUCAUGUACCUACCCAUGGCUGGUGGUUCCAUUGUCACAGCCUUUGUUAUUGGCAAGGUUAUCACAUGGAAUUUUCACCGCCAUGCCAGGCGCCUGGGCAUGGUAAUCGACAGAAGCCGGCAGACAGAUCUGACUGCCUUCCCCAUUGAGCGAGCGAGACUGGAGGUGGGACUGCCGCUCUUGGCGCUGACCAGUGCUGUGGUGAUCUCAUGGGGCUGGGCCAUGCAGAGCAAGACCAGUCUGGCGGCGCCGUGUGUUUUGCUGUUCCUUCUGGGAGUUGGCAUGAUUGGAUUCAACAACACGGUCAGCACCCUGGUUGCGGAUAUCUACCCGGGCAAGGCCGGAGCGGCGACGGCAGCCAAUAACUUGACGAGAUGUUUGCUUGGAGCGGCAAGCAGUGCGGUGAUCCUGCCGAUGGUCAACGGAAUAGGAAGUGGAUGGGCUUAUACCAUCUUUGGAGGAUUGUAUGUGUUCUUUGCGCCGUUGUUGCUGGUGCUUAUGAGUAGGGGAAUGAGGUGGAGGGCGGAGGAGAAGUGGAAAGAUGAGGCCAAGGAGGAGAAGAGAAAGCAGGAACAGAAAGCGUGA